AUGGCCCGGGAAAUCCGACCCCUGCUGCGCAGGGCCAGAACGGUCUUUAGCCGUCUGCGCGAGAAGCGAGAGACUACCACUUCUUUCGAGGAGGGUAACGUUGAGCAAAGCACUGUUCAAGAGACCAAGGGUGAACAACCUGCUCCCAAUGCCGAUGGAGAACAAUCAGAGUCAGAUGGAGAGCAUAUCGAUGCCCAUGAUCAACAUGGUAUCCGUGAUGUGGAGGCCAUUACCAUGACUUGGUCCAGAAACACCCUGAUCUUUGUCUUCAUUAACAUGUGGUUCUUGUACUUUGUGAACGCUUUCCAGUCAUCUGUCUACGACAGUUUGAGUUCCUACGUCGCUAGUUCCUUCUCGCAACACUCCCUCUCCGGUGUUCCUUCUGCUAUGGCUGAUGCUUUCGCCGCUGCGACCUACCUUCCUGUGGGUAAGAUGAUGGAUGUCUGGGGUCGUGCUGAAGGUUUCCUCUUCAUGACUAUUUGUGCCACCCUUGGUCUGAUUCUCAUGGCCUCUUGUAAUUCGUUCCCCAUCUACUGUGCUGCGAACGUAUUCUACUACGUUGGUUUCUACGGUAUGGAGUACUGUGUGGACGUUAUCACUGCCGAUUCAUCCACCCUGAAGAACCGAGGUUUGGCGUACGCCUUCACCUCCUCCCCCUACAUCAUCACCGCCUUUGCUGGACCCAAGGUCGCCGAUGAGUUUUACUACCGAGUUGGCUGGCGAUGGGGAUUCGGUGCCUGGGCUAUCAUUUUCCCAGUCGUUGCUGCUCCCCUCUACAUUGUCCUGAAGCUCAACCUUAAGAAGGCAGAGAAGGAAGGUCACCGUAUGAAGGAGCCAAGCGGUCGCACUUUCAUGCAGAGCGUCUGGUUCUGGGUUAAUGAGUUCGAUUUGGUUGGUGUUAUUAUUUUCACCAUCGGUCUCGUCCUGUUUGAACUGCCUUUCGAUAUUGCCUCUGAGGCUCCCAAUGGCUGGGGAACUGGCUACAUUAUCGCCAUGCUGGUUGUCGGAUUCUCCAUGCUGUUCUUCUUCGCUAUCUGGGAGACCUGGGUUGCACCAACUCCUCUGUUCGACUACCGCCUCCUUACCAACCGAACCGUUCUCGGCGCCUGUCUUCUGGACGCCACAUACCAGAUCUCCUACUACUGCUGGUACAACUACUACCAGAACUUCCUCCAGGUUGUCAACGAUAUGUCUAUCACAACCUCUGGUUACGUUAUGAACAUCUUCGACAUUGUCUCCGGUGUGCUCUUGCUCCUUGUUGGUUACAUUAUCCGCCGAACCGGUCGCUUCCGCUGGACCUUGUAUAUUUCCGUCCCUCUGUACGUGUUCACUCAGGGAUUGAUGAUCUACUUCCGAAAGCCCAACUCCAGCGUUGGAUACCAGAUCAUGUGUCAAAUUUUCAUCUCCAUCGGUGGAUCUAUUUUCAUCAUCGUUGAACAACUUGGUAUUCUUGCCGCCGUCGACCACCAGCACGUUGCUACUGCUUUGGCCCUGCUGAAUGUCAUCGGUACCAUCGGUGACUCUGCUGGAUACACCAUUUGCACUGCCAUCUGGACCAACACCUUCAAGAAGGCCCUCGCUCAUUAUCUUCCCGAGGAUGCUAUGGGAGACCUUGACUCAAUCUACAACAGUGUUGACGUCCAGAUUUCCUACGCUCCUGGAACCGCCAUCCGAACUGCUAUCCAGCACGCUUACGCCUACUCCGAGGUCCGACUUCUUGCAGCUGGUCUGGGUAUCAUGUCCUUGGCAUUUGUUUGGAUGUUCAUGAUCAAGGACAUUGAUCUGAACAAGGUCAAGCAGACCAAGGGUAUGGUCUUCUAG